CUCUCUGUAAUGCACAAGAACUAAAACACUAAGUUGACCCAUAUUUUCCAUACCUGCUACACUUUCUACAAAUUAAGAAAAAGCAAUCUAAAUGAGCACAAAAAAGAUGAAUCUUAUGGAGUUAAGUUCAACCAUUAACAGCUCAUGGAAACUCUGUUUAACAGGAAGCUUAUUUGGUUGCAUUUUCCUCAUCUUUUUUCUCAAUCAAAAUGACCAUAAUCUUAGCUUAUUUACUGCUAGAAACACAGUUCAAGUAUUUGAUGAAGCAGAGGCACCUAUGUCGUCGUCGUGGUCUAGUUGGUCUACCAUGAUUUCCGACCCUCCGAAACCGUCUACCAUAAUAAGCCUGUAUAAUCCACCUAUUCUAGCUAGCAGCUUGAUUAAUGAAAUCCCGAAGCCUGGUAAUUUUAGCUCUACUCCAAUAGAACAACCAAAGUCAACUCAUACAGAAAACCUCAAUAUCCCAUUUGAAAGAUCAGAAAAAGCAAUAAACAAUACUAGUGAUCCGAAAAAGUGCAAUAUGUUUGAUGGGAGAUGGGUUUACAAGCCCGAUGAGAAUCCUUAUUAUGAUUCAAAUACAUGUCCGUUCGUGGAAGAAAAGAUGAGCUGUCGUAAGAAUGGAAGGCCAGAUUUCGAGUAUGAGAGGUGGCGAUGGGAAGCUAAUCAUUGCGAUAUACCAUUAUUUAAUGGAAGAGAUAUGCUUGAAAGGCUUAGAAACAAGAGGGUGAUUAUAGUUGGAGAUUCACUAAACAGAAAUAUGUGGGAGUCCCUUUCUUGCCUCUUAUAUUCCUCUGUUCCUUCUUCAAGAGUUGAAGUUGAAGCUAAAGGUUCACAAUAUAAAGUGUUGAAAGCAAAGGAUUAUAAUACGAUAGUUGAGUUUCACUGGAGCCCAUUUCUGGUGGAAUUUGAUGUAAAUCAUAAAACUGGGAAAAACGUUCUUUUGCUGGAUAAGCUUUCACCUAAUGCCAAACUAUGGCGAGGGGCUGAUGUUAUGGUAUUCAACUCAGCGCAUUGGUGGACUCACAAAGGAAAAUACAAAAAGUGGGAUUUUAUAAAAUACAAAGGACAACUACUAGAGGAGAUGCCCGUAGAGGUAGCAUAUGAAAGGGGCAUGAAAACAUGGGCAAAAUGGGUUGAAAAGAAUGUAGACUCGACCAAAACAAAGGUGUUCUUUAGGAGCGUCUCUGCACAACACAAUGGAAGGAGAGGGUGUUACAAUGUAACCUGGCCUAUAAUUAUAGAUGAAGAUCAUCAAGGCUAUAUAAACCACUUUCCGAAACAGUUGAUUACUAAAAUCGAGAAUGUGAUCAAUGGAAUAAACAAAGUAAAAGUGAACUACUUGAACAUUACCAAGCUUUCCGAAUAUAGAAUUGAUGCACAUCCUUCCUUAUAUAGGAGCAGUUGGAAAUGGAAGCUUUAUACUACAAAAUAUAAGAGGUUAAUUCCAUCUUAUGCUGAUUGUAGUCAUUGGUGUCUUCCUGGUUUACCAGAUACUUGGAAUCGUUUAUUGUAUGCUUCACUUUUCUUUGAUACUUCAAGGAAUACGUCAACUUUUUAACAUAUACGGAGUAGUACGUAGUACUAAGUAUUAAGUACGUAGUCGUAUGUAUUUUACAUUUUGUCUAGGAUUUUGUCAUUUAGUGUUUAGAAUGCAUGUUAAAUAUGUGUACAUUCAAAUUGUGUUUGACCCUGGACAAUAUCAAAGUUUCAGAUAUAGGAAAAAAAAAGGUAGUUAAUACCUGUCACGAAAAAA